AGGACCUAUUCUAGAGGUUAUUGUAUCACGAAUGAAUUACAUUAGUUAUCAAACCGAAAACAAAGUUCGUAUUGUUGGGUUAUCAACAGCUUUAGCAAACGCUCAGGAUCUAGCAGACUGGUUGUGUAUUGAUAAGGGUGGAUUGUUCAAUUUUAGUCAUUCAGUACGUCCUGUUCCAUUAGAAAUUCAUAUUGAAGGAUUUUCCGGAAGACACUAUUGUCCUCGUAUGGCUACUAUGAAUAAACCUACCUUUAUUAAUAUUAUGAGACAUUCUCCUAUAAAGCCUGUAAUUGUUUUUGUUUCAUCACGACGUCAAACACGCUUGACUGCUCAGGAUUUGAUUGCGUAUUCUUGCUUGACUGAGAACCCUCAUCAUUUUUUGAGAAUGACUGAAGAAGAAUUGCAAAUCAACCUCUCUCAAAUCAAGGAUAAUAGUAUGAAAAGUACUCUUACUUUUGGCAUUGGGCUGCACCAUGCUGGAUUAACUGAAAGUGAUCGGAAGAUAGUAGAAUUAUUAUUUCUACAACAAAAAAUUCAAGUUUUAGUUGCAACUAGCACCUUGGCUUGGGGUGUGAACUUACCCGCUCAUUUGGUUGUAAUCAAAGGUACCGAAUUCUAUGAUGCCAAGACUAAAGGAUAUGUAGAUUUUCCUAUUACUGAUGUACUCCAAAUGAUGGGUAGAGCUGGUCGUCCGCAAUUCGAUGAUAGUGGGGUUGCUUGUAUAUUUGUACAGGAUUCAAAAAAGAAUUUUUAUAAAAAAUUUUUGUAUGAACCUUUCCCGGUAGAGUCCAGCUUACAUAUGCAACUUGAAAAUCAUUUCAAUGCCGAAAUAGUUGCUGGUACUAUAAAGUCAAAAGAAGAGGCAAUGAAAUAUCUUUCUUACACUUAUUUAUAUCGUAGAUUACAUCAAAACCCAGCUUAUUAUGAAUUAAAAGAUGCCGAAUUCAAAACUAUUGACGAUUAUCUAUCCAAACUGUUUGAAAAAUCUAUGAAAGAGUUAAGUCUUUCUUAUUGUAUUAAUAUGGAUGAUGAUUUUAAUGUGGAACCGACUUCCCUUGGCAGGCUUGCAUCAUAUUAUUAUCUUUCACAUAAAACGAUCAGACUCGUUCGAGACCAUAUUAAAAACGAUUCAACCAUCCGAGAUAUCUUAGGUAUAUUAUGUAAUUCAGUCGAAUAUUCUGAACUUCCGGUUCGACAUAAUGAAGAUCUCCAAAAUCAAGAUUUGGAAAAGGAACUUCCUUGGUCUGUUCAAUCUCAUCAUCCAUAUGAUAGCCCACACGCGAAAGCAUUUUUGCUUUUGCAGGCUCAUCUUAUAGGGACCAAAUUGGCAAUAGCUGAUUAUGUUACAGACACAUUUUCGGUUUUAGAUCAAGCAAUUCGUAUUUUACAGUCAAUUAUUGAUAUCACUGUCGAAAAUAACAUGUUGACAACAUGUCUUCACACCAUGUCAUUAUUACAAUGCAUUAAGCAGUCGUGUUGGCCCGAGAAUUCAUCAUUGCUGAAUCUUCCUGGAAUUGAAGAUCAUAUGAUUAGUUCAAUUCUUCAUGAGGGAAAUGUAGUCGCAUGCCUAGGCGAAUUAUUGGACCUUUCAGGAGAGGAGUUGUUUAAAAUUUUCAAAAACGUUAACGGACUUUCCGAACCUGAUGUAGAAAAGAUUUGUAAAGUCGUCAACAAUAUUCCUCUGAUGGAUGUUAGUUUUCACAAAAUUAAUCAUGCUUUGACUCCAAAGGAGGAGCUCAAUUUUGUAGUUUCUUUGAAAAGAGUAAAGAAAUUUUCAGGGUAUGAUGGUAAAGUUUACGCUCCUAGAUUUCCAAAACCACAAUAUGAAUCAUGGUGGUUGGUAUUUGGAGAUAAAUCAAACGAUAGCAUAAUCGAAAUGAAAAGGAUUAACAUGCGUAAUGGACCUUUUGGAGAAUUUUCUAAUGAACAUACUUCCAAAUUGAAGUUGACUGCACCAGAGAGGGAAGGAAAAUAUCAAUAUACGAUAUUCCUUAUUAGUGAUGGCUACUUAGGAAUAGAUCAACAAUAUGACGUUGAAUUUCAUGUUAAAGAUGUUAAAGUCGUUAAAGAGAUGAACUGA